AUGGCCAAUCUUCCUAACUUGCGACGUCUCUUCGUCGAGGCUCGAACGGAGGCAGAGGAGAACGAGUACUCACGGAAGGCUUUCUACAAUCUAGUGCUCUUCAUCUCUUCUGUUGCUAUCUUCAGUCUAACUGCUCAACGUAUGAGUGGAUCCAAAGCCGGGCGAUGA